AUGGACUGUAGCACCCCUGCAGCGGACAGCACUGUGGCUGUCCCACCUGGUGCCUCUCUACCUGAACCGUCACAGCAGCCUGACGCUGUCGGCCGCCUUGAAUCCGAGCAGGCUGUUGCUGUGACAUCCAGAGCCAGACCUGAUAUUGCUAGAUCUGCAGCGGCAUUCGCCAUCAGUGUCCGGGAACAGUGCCACUUGUCACAGAGAACUGUCAACAGCGUCAUCUCGGGGGUGCAACAGUACCAAGCUGCUCUCCUUGACACACUGAGGGAGAGAAUCAGAAGGAGAGGGAGGGGGGGAGUGGUUUGGUGGAGAGGGAGGGGGGAGUGGUUUGCUGGAGAGGGAGGGGAGGGGGAGUGGUUUGCUGGAGAGGGAGGGGAGGGGGGAGUGGUUUGGUGGAGGGGAGGGGGAGUGGUUUGCUGGAGAGGGAGGGGAGGGGGGAGUGGUUUGGUGGAGAGGGAGGGGAGGGGGGGUGGUUUGGUGGAGAGGGAGGGGGGGGGGGGAGUGGUUUGGUGGAGGGGAGGGGGGGGGUGGUUUGGUGGAGGGGGGGGGGAGUGGUUUGGUGGAGGGGGGGGGGGAAUGGUUUGGUGGAGGGGAGGGGGGGGGUGGUUUGGUGGAGGGGGGGGGAGUGGUUUGGUGGAGGGGGGGGGGGGUGGUUUGGUGGAGAGGGGGGGGGGGAUGGUUUGGUGGAGGGGAGGGGGGGGUGGUUUGGUGGAGGGGGGGGAGUGGUUUGGUGGAGGGGGGGGGGUGGUUUGGUGGAGGGGGGGGGGGGUGGUUUGGUGGAGGGGGGGGGAGUGGUUUGGUGGAGGGGGGGGGGAGUGGUUUGGUGGAGAGGGGGGGGGGGGUGGUUUGGUGGAGAGGGAGAGGGGGGGGGGAGUGGUUUGGUGGAGGGGAGGGGGGAGUGGUUUGGUGGAGAGGGGGGGGGGGGGGGAGUGGUUUGGUGGAGAGGAGGGGGGGGGGUGGUUUGGUGGAGGGGAGGGGGGGAGUGGUUUGGUGGAGAGGGGGGGGAGUGGUUUCGAGUUGGUGCUACGGCUAAGCUAA